AUGGAGGGUGCAUUUAAAUUUGUUAAAGUAACCAGCCUGCAUCCUAUACGUAAUUACGCUAAAGAAGUAAGAUUUGGGCCCGAUGUCAGAGCUCUCAUGUUACAAGGAGUUGACAUAUUAGCAGAUGCGGUAGCCGUGACUAUGGGACCAAAAGGACGGAAUGUUAUCCUAGAACAAAGUUAUGGCCCACCAAAAAUAACUAAGGAUGGAGUAACUGUUGCUAAAGGAAUUGAGUUAAAAGAUAAGUUUCAAAAUAUUGGUGCUAAAUUGGUACAAAAUGUAGCUAAUAAAACAAAUGAAGAAGCUGGCGAUGGAACCACGACAGCUACAGUUUUAGCCAGAGCCAUUGCUAGAGAAGGAUUUGAAAACAUUUCAAGGGGUGCAAAUCCUAUUGAAAUCCGGAAAGGGGUAAUGGUUGCCGUGGAAGCUGUAAAAAAGAAAUUAAUGCAAAUGUCCAAACCAGUCAGCACAGCAGAAGAAAUAAAACAAAUAGCUACAAUAUCGGCCAACGGAGAUCCUUCCAUAGGAAGGCUUAUUGCUGAUGCAAUGAACAAAGUUGGCAAAGAUGGAGUUGUUACAGUUAAAGAUGGAAAAACUUUACAAGACGAAAUUGAAAUGAUAGAAGGUAUGAAAUUCGACCGUGGAUACAUUUCACCUUAUUUCAUUAAUUCCAAAAAAGGGUUAAAAGUGGAAUAUAGCGAUGCUCUAAUACUGUUUUCUGAGAAGAAAAUUUUCACUAUACAUCAACUAAUACCAGCACUUGAAAUUGCUAACGCACAAAAAAGGCCUCUAGUUAUUAUUGCUGAAGAUUUGGAUGGAGAGCCACUAUCAGUUUUAGUUGUAAAUAGAUUAAAACUAGGUUUACCAGUAGUCGCCGUCAAGGCUCCAAGUUUUGGAGAACACCGCAAGAAUUGCUUAAUGGAUUUGGCCAUAGCUACGGGAGGUGUACUUUUUGAAGACGAUUUAAAUUUAGUGAGACUAGAAGAUUGUCAGCCAGAGAGUCUUGGAAAAGUGGGCGAGGUGAUUAUUACCAAAGAUUCUACAAUCUUAUUGAAAGGAAAAGGUAGCAAAGAAGAAAUUCAUCAACGAGUUGAACAAAUCCGGGAGGAGUUGGAAGAUAAGACUACUGAUUAUGAUAAAAUGAGACUUGUAGAACGUAUCGGAAGACUACAGGAUGGUGUAGCUCUAUUAAAAAUUGGUGGAUGUAGCGAACUUGAAGUAAAUGAGAAAAAAGAUCGAGUCAAUGACGCUCUCAACGCUACUCGGGCAGCUAUUGCGGAAGGCGUUGUGCCGGGUGGUGGGGCAGCAUUACUUCGAUGUAUACCAGCCCUUGAACAAUUAAAACCAGCUAAUUCUGACCAAGCGAUCGGUAUUGAAAUUAUAAAGAGGUCUUUGCGUACGCCGUGCUUGACAAUAGCUAGUAAUGCUGGAUAUGAUGGAGCUGUUGUAGUGUCUAAAGUAGAGAGCCUCGGCGCAGAUUUUGGUUACGAUGCCUUGAAUAAUGAAUAUGUAAACAUGAUUGACAAAGGUAUCAUUGACCCCACUAAAGUAGUAAGAAGAGCAUUGACGGAUGCGAGUGGUGUAGCAUCACUGCUCACUACAGCUGAAGCUGUGAUUUGUGACUUGCCUGCCAGGGAAAGUAAUACUGUUACGUCAUCGCAGCUCGAUGUAGAUUAUUAG